CCCUGCCUUAGCUGGAUAUCCAGGCACUCAAGAGGCUGCGGCCCUGACUGCUCGUUGGUAAGAGGGCCCAGGUAGAAGGUGGCACACCCAGCGGGGACGUGGAGGAAGCAGGACGCAGCCAUGGAACCUGCCAGGAGAGGCGAUGCGCGCACACUAGCCAGGACCACGGCGUGGCUGUUGUUGCUGCUCUUGUUUGGCAAAGGAGCGCAGGCCCUGGAGUGCUACAGCUGCGUGCAGAAGGCAGACGACGGCUGCUCCCCGCACAAGAUGAAGCCGGUGAAAUGCGGGCCGGGGGUGGAAGUUUGCACCGAGGCCGUAGGGGCGGUGGAGACCAUCCACGGCCAGUUCUCCGUGGCAGUGCGCGGCUGUGGCUCAGGCCUCCCGGGCAAGAAUGACCGAGGACUGGACCUUCACGGGCUCCUGGCCUUCAUCCAGCUGCAGCAGUGCGCCCAGGACCGCUGCAACGCCAAACUCAACCUCACCUCCAGAGGCCUCACCCCCGCAGGCAAUGAGAGCGCCUACGAGCCCAACGGCGCCGAGUGCUAUAGCUGCGUGGGACUGAGCCCCGAGAAGUGUCAGGGCACAGCGCCACCGGUGGUGAGCUGCUACAAUGCCAGUGACCGCGUCUACAGAGGCUGCUUCGACGGCAAUGUCACCUUGACCGCAGCCAACGUGACCGUGUCCUUGCCUGUCCGGGGCUGUGUCCAGGAUGAGUCCUGCACCCGGGACGGUGUGACGGGCCCGGGCUUCACCCUCAGCGGCUCCUGUUGUCAAGGGCCCCGCUGCAACUCUGACCUCCGCAACAAAACCUACUUCUCCCCGCGGAUCCCACCCCUGGUCCUGCUGCCCCCUCCCACCACCUCAGCCCCCAGCACUCAGGCCCCGACCACCCAUGGGACCGCGUCCACCCUACCCCCAACCACCUCCACCUCUACCCCCAAGACUACCCCGGCCCCAACCAGUCACACUUCUCCCCAGGUGGACCACAGGGCCCCCCAUGAGGAGACCAGGUGGACGGGAGGUGCCACUGGCCAUCAGGACCGCAGUAAUGUGGGGCAGUACCCUGGGAAGGGUGGGGCCCCCAUCCCUGGUAAGGCAGGCUCUGCGGCUCCCGGAGCUGGCUGGGCAGCAACGCUGCUGGCAGUCGCUGCUGCUGGCACCCUACUGUGAGCUCUUUCUGCAAACGUGCAUCGCACUCUGCUUCCCUGGCCCCGGGUACCUACCUAAGCUGAAGUCAGUUAUCCAUCCCCCGACUGGGCUGGCCCCAGUUUCCCCCGGCUUCCAGCGCACUGGUUUGCAGCUUCUGGAAAGAAACCCACCGCUGCGUGUCCACGCUGCUGGUGUGUCCUCGCUUUUGGGGAGAAAGCAAGUGCACGGUCCUCGUGGCGCCCGGGACACUGAGAGAAGUCUGCUGACCCAGAGUGGGCAGGAGGGACCGUGACGAGCUUCUCGGUCCAAGGCUGGAAUCUCGGAGGCAGGUGGAUUCCUGCCCGAGGGUUGCCUGGCCCCCCCCUUCUUCUGUGUCCCCUGACUUCUGUAACCGGACCGUGAGCUCCUCCAGAACGGGGUCAGGCACUUACACCCCUUGGUGGCACAGAAAGGCUUCAAUAAAGAUUUAGUUACUUUG